GACAUACAAUACCUUUGGUAGAGGUGGUAUUUGGUGGGCAUCUCUUACCAACUGACAGUUUCCAUUAUAAACUAAUUUAGAGGCAUUUCCCUCAGCACCUGUUUCCCCUUUGAAUUAAGGCCUGUGCCAUUGCGAAUCUAAAUCAACUUGAAAGAUAAAUGUGGCAGGAAAAGGUCUUAUCAUUUCCACAGGUAUCCUCUGUGCUAGUUUUGGGGAACUUUGAUUUUUGACUUAACCACUGUACCCCUUCUGAGUUUCUAAAGUCAUCAAGAGAAAAAACAGACCUAUGUGAAGUGCACAGCAUAAUAUAAUCCUCACAGUGCUUUUAAAAUAUGAUUGCAGAUCUCAUCAGCCUCAGGGGAGAGUGGUGUGUACCUUGAAAUAACUCACUGAGGCACAAACUUGCUGACUUCUUGUCCUCCAUCUCGGAGAAGAUAUGGAGGGUAUGAAGGAUGGAGAAAAAGAGGAAGAGGAAAUGUGAUGGUGGAGUGGGUAGCAUAAAAAAGGGAAGACAAGGCUAGGAAGGCACAGAAAAGAUGGCUUAUUGCUGCUCAUUGGUGUUUGGGGACUACAGAGAAGACUCAUUGGCUGGAGUUGAAUCCAUAGCAAAGGGUUGGCAUCAUCUGGAAGUGACUUCACUCACAUGUCUGCAGAGGACAUGGGACUUUGGCUGCAGGGCCUAUAGGAGAUCUCCCAGGUACCCUGGGCUUCCAGGUAGCAGAACAGUCUUAGGACAUUCAGAGCUUUGACUUGGUGGUCAAGGGCACACAGAGUCAAGAACAGACGCUAAAUCGCUUGAGGACCCAGGAGGGUGUUUGCUGCUUUGACAACAGACUAUACCCUCACAGUUUGCUCUGCUCUUCCAACACCAGUGGAAGAUGAUCACAUCCCAGGGAUCAGUGUCAUUUAGGGAUGUGACUGUGGGCUUCACUCAAGAGGAGUGGCAGCAUCUGGACCCUGCUCAGAGGACCCUGUACAGGGAUGUGAUGCUGGAGAACUACAGCCACCUUGUCUCAGUAGGAUAUUGCAUUCCUAAACCAGAAGUGAUUCUCAAGUUGGAGAAAGGCGAGGAGCCAUGGAUAUUAGAGGAAAAAUUUCCAAGCCAGCGUCAUCUGGAAUUAAUUAAUACCAGUAGAAACUAUUCAAGAAUGAAGUUCAAUGAGUUUAACAAAGGUGGAAAAUGUUUGUGUGAUGAAAAGCAUGAAAUAAUUCAUUCUGAAGAGGAACCUUAUGAAUAUAAUAAAAAUGGGAACAGCUUCUGGCUGAAUGAAGACCUCAUUUGGCAUCAGAAAAUUAAAAAUUGGGAGCAACCUUUUGAAUACAAUGAAUGUGGGAAAGCUUUCCCUGAGAAUUCAUUCUUCCUUGUACAUAAGAGAGGUUACACAGGACAGAAAACCUGCAAAUAUACUGAACAUGGGAAAACCUCUGAUAUGUCAUUUUUCAUUACCCAUCAGCAAACACAUCCAAGAGAAAACCACUAUGAAUGUAAUCAAUGUGGAGAAAACAUCUUUGAGAAAUCCAUUCUCCUUGAACAUCAGAGUGUUUACCCAUUCAGCCAGAAGUUAAAUCUCACUCCAAUUCAGAGAACCCACUCAAUUAACAAUAUUAUUGAAUAUAAUGAGUGUGGAACCUUUUUCAGUGAAAAAUUAGUCCUUCAUUUACAACAGAGAACACAUACAGGAGAAAAACCUUAUGAAUGUCAUGAAUGUGGAAAAACCUUCACCCAGAAGUCAGCCCAUACAAGACAUCAGAGAACACACACAGGGGGAAAACACUAUGAAUGUCACGAAUGUGGGAAGACCUUUUAUAAGAAUUCAGACCUCAUUAAACAUCAAAGAAUUCAUACAGGGGAGAGACCUUAUAGAUGUCAUGAAUGUGGGAAAUCCUUCAGUGAAAAGUCAACCCUUACUCAACAUCAGAGAACACACACAGGGGAGAAACCAUAUGAAUGUCAUGAAUGUGGGAAAACCUUUUCCUUUAAGUCAGUCCUUACUGUGCAUCAGAAAACACACACAGGGGAGAAGCCCUAUGAAUGCUGUGCAUGUGGGAAAGCCUUUCUCAGAAAAUCAGACCUCAUUAAACAUCAAAGAAUUCACACAGGCGAAAAACCUUAUGAAUGUAAUAAAUGUGGGAAAUCAUUCUCUGAGAAGUCAACCCUUACUAAACAUCUAAGAACUCACACAGGUGAGAAACCUUAUGAAUGUAUUCAGUGUGGAAAAUUUUUCUGCUACUACUCCGGUUUCACAGAACAUCUGAGAAGACACACAGGGGAGAAACCUUUUGGAUGUAAUGAAUGUGGGAAAACCUUCCGUCAGAAGUCAGCCCUAAUUGUUCACCAGAGAACUCAUAUAAGACAGAAACCCUAUGGAUGUAAUGAAUGUGGAAAAUCAUUCUGUGUGAAGUCAAAACUCAUUGCACAUCAUAGAACACACACAGGGGAGAAACCCUAUGAAUGUAAUGUUUGUGGAAAAUCAUUCUAUGUUAAGUCAAAACUAACUGUACAUCAGAGAACACACUUGGGGAGAAACCCUAUAAAUGUAGUAAGUGAGGGAAAUUACUCUGGGUGAAGUCAGAACUUUGUAGAACACAGAACAUAAAGGGUGAGAGAAAUCUGUUAAUAUAAUGAUAAUGAGAAUACCUUUGGCCUAAAGUCAGUUCUCACAGUAUUGAAGAGAACUUAGAGAAAAAAAACAAUAUGAAGAUAUGGAAUGCAGGAAAACAUUAUUCUGGACUUUGGACCAUACAUUAUGUUACAAAACUAAAAGUGGAAAAAACUUACUGGUGAAUGAAUGUAGGAAACAUUUUGCCCAGUGCCACUCCUCAUUAAACAUCAGAGAAUUCACAUGGGGUGAAACCUGUGUCAGCAUCCCUAGGUUGAGAAGGGAUGCAUUUUUCUGCUACUACUUCAGUUUCACAGAAUAUCUGAGAAGACACAUGGGAGAAACCAUUGGGGUGUAAUGAAUGUGGAAAAACCUUUUGUCAGAAGUCAGCCCUAAUUUUUCACCACAGAACUCAUAUAAGACAGGAGCCCUAUGGAUGUAAUGAAUAUGGAAAAUCAUUCUAUGUGAAGUCAAGAGGCCAGAGAAAAUGCACAAACUAUAGGAAACUAUAAGAAAGCAUUUACUAUGAGGUUAUAUUUUAUGGAGUAUGUGUAAUAAGAAGUAGCUUCUCAGUGAACAUCAGAUAGUAGAGAAAGUAUUUUUAACUGUAUCUAAUGUGUGGACGUUUCAAGUUAAAAUCUAAAUAUAGAACAGGUGUUGAAUUGCAGUAUAUCUAGCAAUUUAAGAAAAUGUGGAAAAAAGAUUUGUAUUGAGAAAUAGCAUUUUACUUUGUUAAUAUCGUUUAGUUCAUUGUCAAGGCUGCUGUUUUCUAAGAGACUUGAAAAUAUGUCACUCGAGCCAAUGGCUAUAAGUAGUUCAAAGGUUUAUUGCUUAGCCAUGUGCAAAAUAAGGGAAGAUUUUUUAGCAAGGGGACCCACAAACAAGAAUGCUCUUGUAUGUCCAGGAAGAAAGAGAAAGACCCUCAAUAUGGGGCCAUAGUACAGCAGCCCACCAGCAGGAUUUUUGAAUAAUCCUGGGGCAGACUAAAUUCAGACGACCCAUCUCAGAAUGGUGGAUCAAAGGGGCAAGUCAAUUUGCCUUGCAUGCAACUUAUGAGGAUUAGUAGAAGAGAGUGGGUCCAGAUUUCUGGUGGUUUCUGCCCUAGCAGAUGUCUAACACAUAAGCCAGGACAUUCUGCUGUGAGUGACUUUUGUACCCAACUCUAUUUCACUCCAUACUGAAACAUGUCUUUCAUAGGUGAUAAAACUUUUAAAAAUGUGUAUAUAGAUAUAACUUAGAUAUGGAGCUUUCAAAAAGCACAAAUAGGCUGGGCAUAGUGGCUCGUGCCUGUAAUCCCAGUACUUUGGGAGGCUGAAGUGGGCAAAUCACCUGAGGUCAGGAGUUCCAGACCAGCCUGGCCGACAUGAAACCCUGUCUCUACUAAAAAUACAAAAAUUAGCCAGGCAUGGUGGUGCACACCUGUAAUCCUGGCUACUAAAGAGGCUGAGGUGGGAGGAUCACUUGAACCUGAGAGGUGGAGGUUUCAGUGAGCUGAGAUCAUGCCACUGCACUCCAGCCUGAGCAACAGAGAGUUUAAAAAAAAAAAAAGCAAAAGUAGAUUUUGCUAUUGGGUAAGGUAUAGUAGUUGGCAGCAGAAUGGACCCAUUGAGGACAACUAUAAAAUUACAGAAAAUAUUUAAAUGCAAAUUAUUGCUAUAGAAGCAAAGAGGACUAAAGGGGCAAAAUUCUAGAGAGUGGUAAAAAGAAUGCAGCUCUGGGGGCCCUUUCCACUUCUGACUAUAGGGAAGAACCUGAAUAUUGAACUUGGUUCAGGCAGAGGGCCAUAACCUGGGGGUCAGGGGAAGGCAUGGGGGGACCAGAAACCGGGAGAACAAUCAAGAGUGCAGUGUAAAGAAUGAAUACAUUAGGGGCUUCAAACACAUAUAAUUUCUCAAGAAAUUUCCAGAUGUCUCAUGCUGCAUAGGGCAGGAACCUGAAAAGCUAAUUUGAGAAGAUAAUAAGUAGGAUUUUUGUUUUGUUUUGUAUUUGGCAGUAUGAAGGAGAAAUGAUUAAAACUUAGGAAGUGCCAGUGGGUUGGUCCUUUGCUGAACAUGCCAUCAGUAAAAGCCGUGGAAACAAGGUCAUACUAGAGAUUGAUUGUGCUUGUCACAACUGCAAACAAUACCUGAGUGGAAUAUUCGAAAACUUGCUUAGAAAGAAAACUCUAGGAACAGAUGGCUUCACUGAACUUAUUCCGAAUAUUUAAAAAUAAUACCAGGCUUUUAUAAACUUUUCUAGAAGAAAAACGAUGGAACUUUUCCAUUCAGUUUUUGAGGCCAGUACAACUUUGAUACCAAAACCUUAAAAAACAAAAACAAACAAACAAAACCACAAAAAACCAUAAAGCUAUAGACCAAAGUCUCACAGAUUUAGAUGCAAAAUCCUAAAAUUGAAAAAAAUGUCUAGCCAUAUCCAUAAACUAUAUCAUCACCAAGAGAUGUUUAUUAGGGCAAUGAAAAGAUGAUUUAUUAUUUUUUUAAAAAUGUGGCCUUCCAUUCCUCUUUCUUUUGAUUCCCCUCUUUGAGUUUUCAUGUGUCUCUCCUGACUUCCUUCCCCAGAGUGGAGGAGUUAGACUUGCCUCAUGGGAUGAGAGCAGUUGUGGCCUUGUUCCUGCUGGCACCAAGAGGGCUGCUGGUGAGGUGUGGAAGGGACAGGGGGAGGAGAUAGGCAGCAUUGUUGAGAGAUUGGUAACAUUGGGCAAAUAUGUUGAGAAUGAUGACAGCAAGAUUUCUCCAUUAGAGAAGGUAUUUAUAAAAUUAGGAAUGAGGAGAGCUAGAAAACCUGGAGUGUGACAUUAGAAUAGAACUCAUAUCUUUUAAAUAUAUAGGAACAAAUAGAGAAAUUGCUGUGUGUGCACAUAUGCAUAUAUUUUGUGAUUCAUUCUACUGAGAGGACCUAAAUGCAAUGACACCUCAGUAAUAGUAAGCACACCAACUGCCAAGUUACUAGUUCCUAAAUACUAUCCACACAAAAAAAGGGGACCAGAGAUGAUUCCUAGUCAGAGUUUGGG